UCAAGCCAGGCAGGAGCAUUCACACCACCUUGCAUUCCACUCCAACCGUUCAUCUAAUUCGAAUGACCUCCUUGCUUGGUGUCCUUUGCUUUGGCCUUUUGACCACUGGUGCUUGCCUGGACGUCAAAGCAGACAGCUUUGAAGACUUAUUUCAUGCUGGUGCAUUUCAAGGCAUGGAUGGCUGGACCAAGAUCUUUGAGUCCUUCGGUCAGGGUGAGCGUAUGAAUCCUGAGCAGCUGAGCAAAUUGGCCAAGGUGCCUACGGACUUCGGGGUAACAUCAAAGGCCAAAUUGGAUCCGAGCUUUGGCUUGCAACUAGGUCAGGAGAAGAUCCAAGAGCGAAUCCACCAGUUGAAGGACAAGCCUGAUGAGCUUAUGAAGAUCGUGAAUCAGAACCCUCUGGUGCAAGAGAUGGCCGCUGCAGAUCCUGCUAUGAAAGAGAUCAUCCACAGUCCGGAAGCCUUGCAGAUGCUCUUUAGCGAUGAGGCGAUUGAGGAACUGCGACGGCUAAGCUGUGCUCGGACAGAGGGCUGUGCAAAGUGAGUCGAUGUGGCGACGGUAUGGGUCCGGCCGUGGCCCUGCUUGAGUGGUGCCUCAAAUGGCACAAGGUUUGGCCCUGCCUCGGCGAUCAAUGAAUCUGCCUGCAAGCACUUAGAUGGAAAAACAAGAAACAUGGAUUU